CUGUCGCCACAAGCCGCGGCCGCCAUUUUCUUCUCUGUCCUUCUCUCUGCUGCCAGUGCCGCGUUAGCCGCGCGACUGACUAGUCGUAUUGCGUGACGUCAUUUAUCUUCUUGACCGCUCUUCUACUUCUGGAUUCUUGUUACGUCGCUUAGGAUAACGCAGUCACACGAUAACAAAAAAGAAAUGAUUAACAAUGCAAUUAAUUUUUGAAACUGAUCGCGCUGCGGACAUAAACAUCAAUAUGUCAACUCUUGAAGAAUCUUUAGAUGAAAAAAUUAUCAGCGAUGCCAUCAUGGAUAGCCUUAAACACAAUAGUAAUGGAAACAAAGAAAAUAUUGAAAAGCAAGAUAAUAUAUCUAGAAACGAAAAGAAUUUGGCUAAUAAUAAUAAAUUAGACGACGACGACCAAACUGCACCUGUUAUUGAAAUAGAUACAAACGGAGUCAACGAGGUAGAAAUUAUUUAUGACGACGAUGUUCAAAGUAAUCCUGAGGAAUUAUUAAAUAAUAAACUGCCACAGAAAAGUGAGUCUCAUGAAAAUUGUGAUAUUUCAGAAAAAGAACAAUUAAUAAAUGAACAAGAUGAAUGUGGUAAGGAAGGUGUAAGAACCAAUGAGACAAAGAGUGAAUUACAGCAAAUUCAAGAAGAAGUGGACAAUAUUUUGGCUGAACGAGCUGACAACUUGAUAAGUAAUACAGAAAUUGAGGAAGUGCAGGAACAAAGUAGUAUUGUUGAGAAAACACAUGAUGAUGUUAUAAAGAAUAUGAAAGAAAAUCUGAUUAAAUCUAUCGAAACUGGAAAUAUACUCGAUGAUGAUGGUUCCGCUGAAAAAACGCCAGAAGAAAAUUCAGGUGCUAUAGAUGCUGAUUCUACAGAUCUAGUCACUGACGAUGUAAUUGUUAAUGAUGAUGUCCAAGAAAAUGAAGACACUGAAGAUGUGAAUAUAGCUGUAGAAGUAACAUCAAGCGUUGUAAAGGAACCUGAACUUAAAGUCGACAAUAUAGACACUGCCAAUGAAUGCUCAAAGAUUGAAAACGAUAAACAAGAUACAAGUUUAGAAACAGUUACUAUAACAGAUAUAAAUGAUAGUGCCAAUAAAAUAACAUCAGAGCCCAUGAAUGUUGAUGAGGUUUGUAAAGAAAUAGAUAUUACAAGUGAUAAAGAAGACAACGCCAUAACAGUGUUGGAUUCACCACUCAACGACAAUUUACAAACAAAAGAAGACAAGAACAACUUAAAUGCAAUGGAAGUAGCUCCCGAAAUAGUUGAUAAGGAACCAUGCCAAGAUGCAACCUUUAUCGCCUCGAAAGAUGAAGUUAUGAUUAUUGACAAAGCGGCAGAAACAUCACAGACGGUUGAGGAAAAAGAAAAACCGCCACAGAAUACAAUUGAAAAAGAGCCAGAAAAAGCUACACCGAAAAGUUCCCCCGUUAUAUGCAGGUUAUCGAAUAGUUUAAAUAUUUUAUCGGAUGAUGAAGAUGAUGCACCUAACACAGAACCCCCUAAGGUGCCGCCAACCGAAAAACAAUGUAUUAAUUUAGAAGACGAUGAUGAUAUUAUGCUAAUAGAUGAAGAUACGAACAGCAAAGAAAGCAAGACUGAAAAGACUGAGAAAACUAAAAGAGAUAGCAAAGAACGUGAAUCUUCGCCAAAUCAGAACCAAGAGGAAACCGAUGUAGAAACUGGGGAGAAGACUAGCACAAACAAUAUAAUAGACUCAUCUAUCUGUACUAUUGAAGAAGCCACAUCAUCAACUAAUGACUCUACUGUUCGGCCCGAUGAAAACCAAAAAGUAUCUGAAGAAACAAGUGAGAAAGAAAUAGUAGAAAAACCCCUCCUACCAGACAAUUUUCUGAAGUCAUCAAAGAAAAAUAUAGCCGAUAUGACAAGAGAAGAAUUAGAAGAAUUUUGCAUACUAAAAAUAGUGGAAAGUAUCGUAGACAGAAGUAAUUUAAGUGAAAUAAAAACCAAAUUAAAAGCUAUGGCACAAAACCUUGAAGAAUACAAGAAGAAAGCAAUGAUGUUGACGAAGCAGAACAGAGAUCUUGAAGUAGUUUUAAAAUCUGUACAAGAGGAGCAAAAAAAAUCUAAUGGCGCAAUGGUAACACCUUUAAAAAUUACAAGAUCUGUUGGUAUGCAGGUUUACAUGACAGACAAAAUAAUCCGUAAAAAAUCUGUGGGUCCUGCGGCACAACCACCCGUUCUAGGCAAAACGCGAAGCUCCUCAAAUUUAGCGCCAAAACCUAGUAAAGUGCCGAGCAGUCCCACUAUUCCUGUGCCAAGACUAAUUCCUGCAAAUAAUUCAGCCAUAAGAGGGCCCGUACCACAAAGUGUUCAAACCAAUAUGGGGAAACAAGUCAACAAUAUUCCUCUUGUUAACGGUCUUCGUAAUUCAAAUCCAAACCAAAAACAACCAGAAAAAAGAGCUCUAACUAAAUCUCAGUCCGUAACAGUUGAUUUAACUGAUGAUGAGCCUCCAUCAAAGGUUGCUGCGCGUGGUCCCACACCGCCUGUAAGGCUUGUACCAUCUCAAAACUUGUUGGCUCCGCAAAGAGCACAAUUUGGACAGACGAUGAACACUCCUAGAAAAGUUUACAUUCCGAUUAGCGGACCGCAAGGACAACAGAUUAAGCCUGGGCAAACCAUAAUGGUGAAAACAUCUCCCACUGGUCCCGGUAGACAAAGAGCUGUAGCCCCAACUAUAACAAGAUUAACAGCGAAUCAAGUGAGGAUGGGUAGACCGACAGCCAGGCAUCCUGCGGCCUUACCCGACGUAGUUAAACAGUACCAACCGCCUAACUGGAAAGCGUUACCUCCAGCGCCAGAUCUUAAACUAUCGAAAGUAGAAAAUGGCAUAGUUAUAUCUUGGAAGAUAGAGGGAUAUCAAGAAGACAGUUAUGAAGAAAUUGCUAGUUAUCAGUUGUAUGCGUAUCAGGAGACAUCGUCGCCGCCGAGUACAGCGCUGUGGAAGAAAAUAGGCGAUGUAAAAGCACUGCCUUUACCAAUGGCUUGUACUCUAACCCAGUUCAUGGCUGGCUUCAAGUACUACUUCGCCGUCAGAGCUGUAGACGUUAAAUCUCGAGUAGGCCCUUUCAGCUUGCCUGGAAGUAUACUUCUACUCAACAAAAUGUAAGACUGAUUUUAAAAAUGUUGUAUCAGUAGUCACAAUGUCAUACAUUGUGACCAUUGACCUCAAUGUCCUAAUUUUAAUAGUAUAUUUAUUUUCUCAUUAUUAGGUAUCUGUGAAUCGUUACUGUUAAGCGUCUUGAUUAGUUUUUCCAAUAUAACUGUUGUAGAGAAUGACAGGUAACUUAAUCGAUUAGAAAGUUAACGAUUUAGUGAUGUGAAUAAACUAGAAUAUAUUGGUUGGAGUUUAGAAAACACGUGGUAGAAAAUAAAGCGAUAAAAUCGCAGGCAACUAUACUGGCAACACUGAAUCGGUAAUGUUUCUGAUUUAUUAUUUUGUAAUUUUAAAGAUCUUGUGACUAGAAAUCGUGCAAAGGUAGCUUAGUCAAAUAUUUGCCUUCUGUAAUUCGCAGGUUUGUUCACUAUUAUAUCGUAUUAUCGGUAUGUAUGUACAUAUUACAAUAUUACAAUCUAGACUGUAUAGUUUUAUUGGCUGUGAAAGACUUGUGAAUAGACUUACGUGGAGAAGAAUAGUCUCUGUUGGUGCUUAGUUAAAUCUACCGAAGGAUUAACUACUCAUUUCUGAAAAUAUUUUUUUUCUUCA